CACCACACAAUUUCUACUGUCUCGCAGGAUCGGCUUGUACCACAAUGUCUAACCUGAAGAGAACGUUUAUGAGGAACUGGUUUGCCAUUGAGGCGUUCUCAAGCGUAGACAUUGUCAGCUGGGCUAUCGUCGGCGUUGUCCUUGGGGGCGGUACAUGGUAUCUCACCCGCCUUGCCCGCGGUCCAACUAUCGUCUGGACUCGUGACAACCCCACGCCUUGGAACGACAUUAAGCCAGAUGAAGGUACGAAGUUGAUCACAGUGAACCAGCACUUUGAGAAAGGUUGGGAACGCAAAAAGCUCUGAAAGGGCGCUAUGCGCAUAGUGCACAGGAGCUUUAAUCCUAUAACCUCAUAAUUUCCUGUCUAAACUUCUGUAACUAACUUGCAUCCGUCUAUCGAAUUCUUUCUGUCUGCUCCGUUGAGGCAUGACGUUUCGUGUGACACCC